UUCGCCUACAGGAAAAUAAAUGCGUCAACUUUUGUGUUUUGGAGUUUUCCUCGUCUGUGUUUUUUUGUGUUGACAGGUGAAGAGAGUCCCGACCCACACCUUGGGAACCCCUGGUCUAGAGCAGCCCUAUUCAAUUAGCGGCCUGCAGGCCACAUGCGGCCCGAAACCAACUUGUUGUCUGCUGUCUGUGUCUCAGAGUGAAGAUGAAUGAGGACGCCUUCGAGGUCCCAGAGAGGACCGAGUACCGCUACCUGGUCCAGGAGGAGGGGGAGGAGGAGCCGCAGUUUGUGCGUCACAGACAUUACAUCAGCCCUCUGCUGGUGCUCUCCAGACGCUGCAUCUUCAUCAUCUGCCUCGGCGUGCUCGGUCUGCUCUCGCUCGCCGCCUACCUGGGCUACAUCGCGCAGACGCUGCCUCCUGGCCUCGCACAGGUGACCACGGACUGCGGAGAGUUCCGAGGAAGACACAAAGAUGGAGCGUACUCCUUCAAAGGAAUGCGCUACGCCGCUCCGCCCGUCGGUGACCUGCGUUGGGCCCCGCCAGCUGAUCCAGAGUGCAGGAGCAGGCUGGCAGACGCGGGACGAUUCGGCAGCUCGUGCGCUCAGGCGAGGCCUCUGACGAGCACGGGGAAGGAGAUGGGUCAGGAGGACUGUCUCUUCAUCAACGUGUGGACGCCCUCGCUGCAGCCGGAGGCCAAGCUGCCCGUCGUGGUGUGGAUUCACGGAGGAGGCCUGAUGAUUUUCAGUGGAGGAGAGCAGGGAUACUCGCCCACAGAGAAGCUCUCUGCAGACACCGGGAUAGUUUACGUCAGCUUCAACUACAGACUCAACGCCUUCGGGUUCCUGGCACUGGAGCUCCUGAGAGAAGGUUCUCCAAAGAAUAACUCAGGGAACUAUGGCUUCAUGGACCAGAUCGCAGCUCUGAAGUGGGUCCAGAGGAACAUCCACGUGUUUGGAGGAGAUCCUGGGAAAGUCACCAUACUUGGACAGAGCGCAGGUGGGACAUCAGUCCGCGUCCUCAUGAUGUCACCGCUGGCGAAGGGUCUCUUCCACGGGGCGGUGGACAUGAGCGGCUCGUACGUCAGGAACAGCACACUGGAACAGGCCGAGUCCGACAACCUGGUGUUUCUGAGGAAGACGGGCUGCAAAGACCUGACCUGCCUCAGAGGACUGCCCAUCAAACAGAUCCUGGAGGCCGCCCCGUGGGAGGAGUAUCCGUCCUGGUCAAUAGAUCUAUCAGACCUCCCCGUCAGAGGAAUCUUCGCCGGUCAGAUCGUCGUGACGGACGGAUACGUCCUGGAAGGUAACCCUUUCGAGGUGUGGGAGAAGAAAGGAGACUACAAUGACGUCCCCUUUGUGAUCGGGACGACGGAGCAGGAAGCCGACGUCAGUCCUCACUCUCCAAACAUCACCAUGUGGACGUGGGGGGACUACCACUGGUUUGUGAGAGAAAAUCUUCAGACCUUCUCUGAGAGUCUUCCCAAUGACGUGUUGGACCUAUAUCCAAGCUCCCAACCCUGCCCCACCACAGACCGCUGUCCAGAGAGGGCUUACACCACCAUGGUGUCCGACGUCAGGAGCACCUGUCCCAACAACGACCUGGCCUGGAGGGCUGCAGCGGCCCUCCACAGCCCCGUGUAUCGAUACGUGGUGACGUACACGCCGUCAGGACCCGUGACCUCGUUCAGCGACCUGCUGCCGUUCCCCAGCCGCUUCUCCUUCCACUCUCUGGACAUCUUGGCGUUCUUUGGAGGGCUGGAGGACGCUUUGGGGAAACCUCUGUCUGACGAAGACAGGAAGUUCCAGGAUCUCAUCACACGCCACUUCGUCAACUUUGCCAAAACAGGUAAGAUGGAGAGCGAGUGGCCAGAAUACCCAUCAGCCAUUGCUGUCCUGACGGACAGCCUGUCUGUGCACCAGAACUACUCGGACGCUCGGUGUCAGCUGUGGAAGUCUAACGGCCUGUACGACUACGCCUGGAUGGACUGACGGCACACUGAAGACGGACGGACGGCGUUUCUCUGAACACUCCAUCAGUGCGCAUCAAGGUUUAAAUCACUGCUCAGGCAGACAAACACGGGUUCAACACUCCAGCUUUAAUCCUGCAGCUCAAAUCCACGUGACUCACUGUACGUGUGAAAGUUGAACAUUCAGUAUA